CGUUCAGCACCACCGGUUCAUCUCAGACACCGAGUCAUCCGAACAUCUCACAUCCUCGGACCGUUACCGCGACGACAUGGCCGAGGAGAGCCGGGGCAAGCGAAGGAAGCAAGCGAAUCCUAGACGGAACCAAGUUGACAUCGAGAGGCUGAGUUCCCUGAGCUCGGAAGGGGAGGAUGAACUUCUCCUGUGGGGCAUGGAGCCUCAGGACGCGGCCGAGCUCCAGGACAAGACGAGCCUGACGCCCAGCGAGGGCACCGAGCCCGGCAGCCCGGCCCGCUUCGCCCGGGCCCACAGCCUCAGCCCCGAGCCCAGCCCCUGGGCCUCCUCCACCAUCGCCGCCACCGCCGCCGCCGCCACCACCACCGCCACCGCCGGCGGGGGAGGAGAGGGAGAGGGGGUCGCCCUGAGUGCCGUGCGCAGGGAUGGAGACAGGGCAGCGCCAGGCGUCUACAGUCGGGCCGAGGAGGAACUGGCCCAUUACGACUUCCUGGCCCAGCUGAGGAAGGCGUCCCACGGCGGCGGCCUCCUGGACAGCCACUCGCACAAUGGCAGCGGCACGUACCAGCACCACGUCCGGGGUGUCCACGACGACACACCGCCCACCUGCUGGUCCCCGGGCGAGCAUGAGUCACCGGACGGUCGAGACGGAGUCCCGUUGAGCCCCGACGCCCUCAGGGGCAUGCUGGCGUGCCCGUUCUGCCAGCGCACGUACCGGCGCGAGCCGGCGCUCCGCGAGCACAUCAAGUUCUGCCACGAGCGGGACGAGGGCCAGAACGUGUGCCCCAUCUGCGGCUUCAGCACGCCCUACCGGGCACAGAUGGAGCGCCACAUGCUGCUACACAGCCAAGCCCAGGACAAGCAGCCUCUCUCUGACCCUGCAAUGGAGAACAGGAAGUUCAAAUGCAUGCAGUGUGGGAAAGCCUUCAAGUACAAGCACCACCUCAAGGAGCACCUCAGAAUCCACAGUGGUGAGAAGCCGUACGAGUGCUCCAACUGCAAAAAGCGCUUCUCCCACUCGGGCUCCUACAGCUCGCACCUCAGCAGCAAGAAGUGCCUCAACGGGGGAGCGGCAGGAGGAGCAGGAGCCACAGGAGGAGGAGGAGGAGGAGGACCAGGAGGAGGAGUAGGGCCCUUUAACGGCCACCACCACCCAGCCUACCUCCACUCCCCCACAUCACCCCCCCCUGCAGCCGGAGGUCGUAACAGCGGUAUGGGGAAGGGCUCCCCGUACGCCCAGGAAAGGCAGCCAGGGCACUUGUCAGCUGACCAUCACCCUGGCCUUCAGCAGGACCAGGUCCGGGGUCAGGAUCUGAACCGGCUGUGGGACCCCACGGCCGAGCUCUCGCUCCGGGCCAGCGUCUUCAAGGGCACCACCCUGCUCCCCUACCUGCACUCCGGGAGCAAGUUUGAGCACCUCCUGCAGGAGAUGUUGAGGAGGGAGGUGCAGCGCCAGGACGGGGGUCCCCUCCGGGAGGAGGAGAGGCCAACGGGCCGGGCCGGAAGAGAGGCCAGGGGCUCGCCUGAGGGCAGGCCCGGGGAGGGUCCGGCGCCGGGCCGCGAGGGAGGGGUGACCUGCCGCUGGUGCUCCCAGCUCUUCCCCAACGGGGCCGUGCUGCUGCAGCACGAGCGCUACCUGUGCAAGAUGAGCCGCGGCGACUCCGGAGCCGCAGCCGCCGAGGCGCUCGACAACCACCGGCCCAAGGACGGCUCCCCGCUCAACUUCUCCCGGCCCGCGCACGGCCCCCAGGGGCCCCCGAAGACGCCCACGUCGGUGGCAGCGGCGGCAGCUGCGGCUCUCAGCAACGGCUUUCCCAAAGAGCGCUCGCCGCUACAGCGCAGCCCCUGGCAGGCGGUGCCCCAGCAGCUCCUGGUGGCCCUGCACUCCCCCAUGCAGUCUGGCCUGCCCGCGCGCCCCUACUGGCCCAACCCCGAGCUCGGCAGCCCCGGCGGCAAGACUCCGGUCAGCCCGGCCGCAGCGGCCGACAUGCCCUCCCCCACGCCCCUGCAGGACCGUAGGCGCCUGCUCUCCUCGGGAUUCGCCUCCCCGCUCGGCCUGGAUCUCUCCAACUCCGUCGGCGCCUCUCUGGGCUCCCCGCCGAGCAGAGCCGCUCCGCACUGCAGGACCCCCGGGUCGGCCGGCUCCCAGAACGAGCCCCUGGACCUGUCCCUGCCCAAGCACCAGGCGCUGGAGCACCAGCGAGAGAGGCACUGCAACGGCACGCCACGGGCCGAGAGGAGAGACUCGGACGGGCCGUACCGGAGGCUCUCUCCGCCCCCACAACCACUACCGGGGUAUGGGGGAGCCCCCCCACUCCAGCCCGGCGCUCCUGCUCCCUUCGUCGGGGGAGCCCCCAUGUUCGGGGGCUCUGUCUACGGGGCCUACCCCCUGUUCAAUCCCAUGAUUCCUGCGGGGCUACGAGGCGCGGGCCACGAGAACAUGCCGUCGCUGCCCGUCAGCAGGGCGACGCCAAACGCUUUCCUCUCCCCCAUGGCCUACAUGCUGGAUUCAGACACCGAGUCUGUCCUCAAGAGGAUCCAUCAGGAGCGACAGGCGCUAAUGAGCGAGGCUCUGAACCGCGGCUGCCUGGACUACCUGUCUGUGAUGGAGGACGGGCUGGACGGAGACGGGGGCCCGGGCCGCAAGAGGCUGAGGAAGACGGAGGAGGGCCUGUACGCCUGCGACAUCUGCGACAAGACGUUCCAGAAGAGCAGCUCGCUGCUGCGCCACAAGUACGAGCACACAGGAAAACGUCCCCACGAGUGCAAAAUCUGCAAGAAGGCCUUCAAGCACAAGCACCACUUGAUCGAGCACAGCCGCCUACACUCGGGCGAGAAGCCCUACCAGUGUGACAAAUGCGGCAAGCGCUUCUCGCACUCUGGCUCCUACUCCCAGCACAUGAACCACCGCUACGCCUACUGCAGCCGCGACCACGACACCGACACCGACGGCCCCGCCGAGGAGGCCUCCAUGGGGGACGAGCCCCGCUAUCCCCGAACCCCGGGCCUGGACCUCAUCCCCGAGCAGAACGCGGCCAGCGCCAGCGCCAACGCCAUCUCCACGACUCCAGAGGAGACCUCAAACUUCCUCAGCGACUCGAGCCUGGAUGGAGGGCUCAGGGGGGAGGAAGAGGAGGAGGAGGAGGAGGAAGACGAGGAGGACGAGGAAGAUGAAGUGGACGAGCGGGCGUUGGGUAAUCACAGGGAGGAACUGAGGGCAGACUCUGGGGUGGGGGCAGAGGAUCUCCGGGGCAGUCCCAGUCUUGGACGGGAGUCGGCGUCACGGAGCCAGGAGGAACGAGAUGAGCAGGGGGGCGGCAGCCGCCUGUCAAAUGGCGGAGGAGGAGGAGGAGGAGGGCGGGCAGACACGGACGGGGAGGAGAAUGACCACUGUGAUCCAAACGAAGAGGAUGCAGCCAUGGAGCUGACGGCAGAAAAAAAUGACCGCAGCCCAGAUGCAAGGUGUGAGGAGGAGCAGGUAUGAGACGGGAUGGUCUAUUGGUCAAAGUUAGGCCAGACUCCCAUAAGCCAAUGGUGGGGUUGCGGAUUGGGACAAGAAGGCUGCCUUUAUGAUCAAAAUGUGAACAAGCCAAAAUAUCCCAAGUGCCUGGAUAGACAAAGCCAUUUUUAAAAGAUCUUGGCAUUAUCUACCUAUAUGCCAAAUCACCACCCACACACUUAUUAAAACAUGAUAUAAUAAAUAAAUUGAAUGUAAAUAUAGCUGAAAGGUUGACCGAAAGGAGAAUGAUUACGAGAAAUUAGAUGGGAUAUCUUCAACUACUUCAGUUGUUCCAUUUCAGUGUUAUAGAAAAUCUGUAAAUAACAUACAGCAGGAAUCCUGAAAAGAGCUGUAGUUGAGUCAAAAGAGUAAUAUGCACAUAUAGUAUAUUGAAAGGCACUGGUGAAGGAGAGUCUCUCGUACAAGCUCAUUACUGUUUACUGAGAAAACAUUCGCUCUGAACCACUGCAGCUCCUCCGGACUGAAAACCACUGCCUGUGCUGUGGGCUCUCGGCACCCAUCCACACCAUACUGCACAAAACCUAUUUACAUUUCCCGGAGAAAUGACACUUUCUCGUAACGCUUGUUGAAAAUGUUUUCAACAUCAGGAUGUGUGCCUGUGCCUUUCCCACCCAAGCUGUGCAAUAGCCAACUGUCUCGCUACGUGACAAGGUCUUCCCAGUGCUUGCCAUGUAAACACAGAUAUUCUGUGCAUAGACAACUGGAACUUGGAGAGCUUUAACCGUGUCAAUUUUAUGACAGUAUUAAUUGUUUGUUAGUUCGUAUUCAUGGAGAAGUGGCCUCGGCGGCUAAGACCACACAGUAUUAAAACGUCUCUGUAAUGAAUGCACUGUUCCUGCAGUAUUUAUGAAGUGAUGGGUUAGAAAAAUUGAGUGUUUCAUUGAUUGCACCACAAAUACACCAUCCAUCAAGCCCGGCUCAUGUUUAUGGGGUUUCUCAGAUGCAGAGUUUGGGAGCCAUGGGCCUCAUUAAAGCCUGAAAGUUGAUCCUUUUAGUAAAUUUAGUAAAGUUAAAAAAGUUAUUUAAGGCCCUAACAUGUCUGAAGACUGUUCUGCAUGCAAAGAAUAUGGUUCUUACACUUGUAUGCCCUGUAAUGUGUGUGUGUGUGUGUGUGUGUGUGUGCUUGUGUGUGUGUGUGUGUGUGUGUGUGUGUAUGAGAGAGAGAGAAAUGUUGAACUAGAAACACUGUGACUUAUUGGACACCAGAUUUUAUGUCAGUGUUGCGCUGGCCUGUGAUCAAGUCAGUAUCUUCUGUGCAAAGACAAGCACUCCAUACUGUAGCAAAUGUGUUGUGUACAGCAGGGCACUCAAUUCACUCCAGUUGAGGUUGUGAAUCUGCGUCGCUUUCUUUUACUGCAGUAUUAUACAACAUGGUUAAUGUGGUGCUCGGUCCUCCAUUAUUGUUUAGCUUUAAUUAUGACAUUUUUGCUUUAAAACAUAAACAUCUUUUACUAUGCAGCAUCUGAACUGUGUAAAAUGCUCUGUUCUGAUAUCUCUUAUUUUCCUCUUGUUAUAAUAUUGGAGGGCUGGUGUUAACAUUUGUGAAGACAAAUUGCAUCAGUGCUAAAUGAAUUUGUUUACAAAUUCUUCUUUUUUUUCACUAUGGUCUUGCCAAGCAGCAUUGGCAAGUUGGAAAUCAUUUGUUUUCAAAUUCCAUCUCUUAACCUUUUUAUACAUUUUUUAUAAGGGUUUUCAAUUGUGAAUACAAUUUUGUAAUAAAUAUGUACAUAUUUUGGAA